GAGCGCGGCUGAGCGACGCGCGCGCCUCUAUUUUUUGCCACGGGGGCCGGUACUCAGGCGCACACGAGCCAGCGGAGCCAGCAUGCCGGUCGCACGGAGCUGGGUUUGUCGGAAGACCUAUGUCACCCCGCGGAGACCCUUCGAGAAGUCUCGGCUCGACCAGGAGCUGAAGCUGAUUGGCAACGCGCUGCUGCGGCGGCUGGUCCGCAUUGGGGUGCUGGAUGAGGGCAAGAUGAAGCUGGAUUACAUCCUGGGCCUGAAGAUCGAAGACUUUCUGGAGAGGCGCCUGCAGACCCAGGUCUUCAAGCUGGGGCUGGCCAAGUCCAUCCACCAUGCCCGAGUGCUGAUCCGGCAGCGCCACAUCAGGGUCCGCAAGCAGGUGGUGAACAUCCCAUCCUUCAUCGUCCGCCUGGACUCCCAGAAACACAUCGACUUCUCCCUCCGCUCACCUUACGGAGGAGGACGCCCAGGCCGCGUGAAGAGGAAGAACGCCAAGAAGGGCCAGGGCGGGGCUGGAGCUGGCGAGGAUGAAGAGGAGGAUUAAGCCCACCCAGCCCCUCCUGGGUCUAGUUUCCCAAUCAAAUAAUAAAAAUAAUCAAGAAGGUGGAA